CUCAUGAAAUUAAACUACAAUAAUAUUUCUCUUCUUCCUUAAUUUCUUCCUAAUAAUAAUGGGAACAUUCAAAUGCAGAGUUUUCUCUGUUGUUCCAUUUUAUCUCUUCUUAUUGACUCUCUUCACUUGCAACCAUUCUUCUGCUUCGGAAGAUGAAUGCAAAACAGCAUUUUGUGGGAUGGGAACAUGCCAUGAAACAUGGGCAGGUUUCGAAUGCGAUUGUAAGCAUGGUUGGUCGAAGAUUCAACUUGGUCCCUUCUCAUCUCCUUGUGUUAUUCCUAAUUGUACCUUUGAUAGCCAAUGUCAUGUACCUCUUCCAUUUCUUCCUCCAGCUCCUGCUCCUCCUUCUCAUAAAUCUAGUUGUUUUUAUUGUGGAGAGGGAACGUGUGAGGAAAAAGGGUUAUUGAACGUUGUAUGUCAUUGCAAUGAAGGCGCCGCCAAUCUCUUCAACGAUCCACACUUCCCUUGCUUUCCCAAAUGUGCUAUAAGAGCAAAUUGUAGUGAUGGAAUUGAUCUUGGCUUCGGAAGUGAUCCACCGCCAUCACCACCACCACAACAAUCUGGCUCCCCUGGAUUUUCCGGCGGGUCAGGUGAAAUGCCGAACAGCUCAAGGGAACUCCAUAAACUAACUACCAUGGUGUUGGCAACAAUAUUUCUAAAUUGGAUUUAAAUUUGUAUUAACAAAUAAAUUAGUAAAAGUAAAAUUCCAUUUGUUUCAAUAAUCUUAUGACUGAAUAUGAGAAAGGUGUGAUCCAACAAGGUUGAAAGAGGCAAAAUCAUAUCUUGAUUUUUUGUCAAGAGCUUAACACUAUUCUU